AUGAGAGCCGACGGUAAACCGAACGGUAUUGUUGAAUCGCCCUAUGACAGCAAUCUGGCCUCUUGCUUCGACGAUGUCAUCCUGAUACCGCUAGCAACUUGGGUGUUUCUACCGCUUUCCGUCAUCGCCUUUGCCAGCGUACUCGCUUCUUCCUCCACGAGGAGCACGUCUGGUGUGUCCACUCGGAGCAAGCUGCCGCGAUGGGCAGCAAUACUAUACGCUGUGCUAGUGGUUGCGCUGCUUGCGAUGGAAAUCCUAGAGAUCACUCGCUUAUCGCUCUCAAACAACGGUGUGGGGCUCCUGCCGUUCUCGCUCGUUGGCGUCUUGAUCGCAUUCGUUCUCGUUGUGCUAUUGCACGUCCGCAAAGCAGAUAUCGCGGCGAACAAGAGGAGGACAGCUUCGACCAUACUGGCGCUGUAUUGGAUCCUUUCGCUUGCAUUCAAUGCCGUCAAGCUAGCCGAGUACUCUCACAUCAGCAGAUUUGACCCGGGCAACACCAAGUAUCCCACAAGUGAUCACGUGGUUGACGGUUCCGUCAUUGUCGCACUCCUCGGUAUCUUCAUGAUCAUCGAAGCACUCCUCGUCGUGCUCGGCGGCAGACAAGACCACGAUGUCGUCACAAAUGAUGUCGAUAGCGAAAAGCCACUACAUUGA